AUAAGCGCCCGGUGCCUCCGGGAUCUCACCCUCAGCAGCAGCGGCCUCCAUUUUAACUCCGACACCGAGUUGUACCUCACGUGUCCUGGGCUGUCUCUCUCACAUGACCCAGUGUUUGUUCCCGUGAUCAGCACUCCCAUCUCCGUCUGUGACACCGAAUAUCACUUUUUAUUUUCACCCUGAUGGAUAUGCUCGAACAGAGUCUGGACACUGCAAGCCAAGAAAAGCAAGAAGAAGAGGUUGUCCAGGCAUCUGAGGACGCAACAGGGGAAGAGCAGACGGCUGUCACAAUAGCCAGUGUUCAGCAGGCUGCAGGAUUUGGAGACCACAACAUCCAAUAUCAGUUUCGCACGGAGGCGGGGCAGGUGACGUAUCGUGUUGUCCAGGUGACCGACCAACACGUUGAUGGAAGAGAGGAUGCAGGAGGAGCAGUGAGCGUCGUUUCAACAGCUGCUUUUGCUGGGGCUCCUCAGGCUGUGGCUCAGGCUGUGAUCCAAAACCCUUUCAGUAAUGGAGGAAGCCCAGCAGGAGAGGCAGUGGGAGGGGAGACCCGCUUCGCUUACUUCCCCGCAACCGCUGUGAGCGACGGGACCGUGUCAGUGCAGGCCGCUGCAGACCCAACCCUCACACAGGCGGGGGGUCAGUUUUAUGUGAUGAUGACGCCCCCUGAUGUCAUUCAGACAGGCACACAACGAACCAUCGCCCCACGCACGCAGCCUUACCCUGCAGAUGAAAACGAGCUGCUGCAACAUGAAGGUUUAAACUGGAAAAUGGACGGACCCCGAACGCCACGAGAUGAAAGAAGACGAGCGCAACAUAAUGAAGUCGAAAGACGACGACGAGACAAAAUCAAUAACUGGAUCGUCACGCUUUCCAAGAUGAUACCCGACUGCACUAUGGACAGCACCAAGACCGGAGCAAGCAAAGGAGGCAUCCUCUCUAAAGCUUGUGACUACAUCCGUGACCUGCGGCAAAGCAACCAGCGACUGCAGGAGAGUCUGAAGGAAGUGGAGAGGAUACAAGUGGACAAUGAGUUGUGCAGGCAGCAGAUUGAGGAGCUGAAGAACGAGAACGCGUUGCUCCGGGCGCAGCUCCAGCAGCAUGGCAUCGAGACUGUCGGAGAGACGCCGCCGCAAUAACGGAGACGAAAGCAACAGUCAGGAGCACCGACCACUUAAACGUGUCACUGAUGCUGUAGGUGAGGAGAGAAAAAGCAGACACGACGAUUGGAAAAAGACUUGUUGGAGAAUCACUUUGUCUUUAGUGAUUCCCUCCUUCUCCAGCUUCCGGGUCACGAACCCUUCACCAGCCAUUUGUGGCUGCACUUGACUGUUCUAGUCCUAUCGAGAUAACCACCCGUUGCAGCUCAGUAGAAGUGUACUCCAAGAAAACAUGUCCUCUCACCUCCGUCGGAGUGCUGUACCAGCACUAGCUAUGAAACAGAACCUCUGCUGAACUUAUCCUGUGAUUCAUAUUUAUGUAGCCUCACUAAUGGACUAUGGGUUUUGUUAUCUAAGUUUGUUUCUUGUGAGUUCCCGUUUCUCGCCAUUCUUAAUUUUUUCAUAUUUCCUGCUUUUAUCCUGUUUGUGGUUUUUAGUUCUGUAUUAAUAAGUUGUUUUUAGCUCAUAUAAUUUAUUAGUCUGCUUGCUGACAGAAGACUUGACGGAGACCAGUUACGGUGAAAAUCAUGCACGACCCCCCCAGCGGAGCGGGCUGAAUUUUAAAAGCGAGAGAACGUCAAAAGUUUGCAAAACAGGAUUCUGAGAGACGAAAAUAAUGUGACACACAUAUUUUACCUACAUCCAAAGACAAACGAGCCGAUGCCUCCGGGCAGAUUCAUGUAAAAUACGACUUCUCAUGUUUUAAUACAGAUGUUAUAGAAUGUUAGAGCGGAUUAUUUCUGGGAGUCAACAAUCAAUAACUCAUUAACUCCAUGCUGGCCCUCCGUCAUACUUAUUACCAUGAAGUGUGUGCAAUCUUGAAGCUUGAUUUGAGGUUUAAAAAAAAAAAAAAAAGAGCGGGGUAUACUUGAAAUGUUGGGCAUUUGCUUGAUUGAAGAAAGUCAAAACAAAUCACUUGUAAAGUUCCGAUUAUUUAAAUUGUAUUUAAGUAAAAACAUACAAGAGCAGAACAAGCAGACGAUUUCCAGCUGAGCACUUUGGACUGUUAGCUGGAGAGCAAUGCAGUACAAGCCUUUGCCAAACCAUAUUCAGGUACCGUGGGUUUAUUUUUACUUUUUAUUCACAUCUGAUUAAGCUGCAUCUCAAAAUGUGCAGGAAUGUCUCCCCAUUUGCUUUAUUGCAAGAUGUUUGCACCUAUUUUGGUGGUGCAAAUCUUCAGAUGGAGCUCCACGUGCAGAGAGUGAAGCACCCUGGAGAGCAGCGCUCAAAGACUCUGCUUACUACGAAGAAAGCAUGCAGAGAAAUCGUGUUACACUUUUUUUAGCCGAGCACAAUUUGUUCUCCAGGAAAACCGAGAACAAUUCAGAUGGAAACUCCCAUUUUCUGAACUAUAAGAAAAUCGAACUGGUUAUACCAGUGAUUCAAGUCAAUAUUAACACUGUUGACAAGUUUUUUUAUUUUAUUUUAUUUUUCUUUUAAUGAAUAUACAUGAUGUGUUUUUAUUUUUAUUUUUUAUUGCUUGCGGUGGUAGGAAUAAAAAUGGGGGAACAAAGCUAAGAGUUGGAGCGGCUCAUUAAAGCUCGGUCGCUUCUCCCCUGUUAACAUCUCAGGAUUUAGCAAAGCAAAACCAAUACUGAAACCUUUGGCAAAAUUAUGAAGGCUAUCACAUUUAAAUAUCUACAAGACUGUAAGUUAACAGCUUGAGAUCCGACAGUGCUGUUCUGCUACAACUACUAUAUUCAAAUCUAAUAGAUCUGGUGCAGGUGGCUCAUCUAAGAAGCGGGUCUCUCAGCCAAAGUCGAGUGACUGAUGUGCAGUAGGAAUUUUUUUUUUUCUUUUUACGUCCUUUAUUUUUACACCUCAGUCAGAGGAGAGCGGAGAAUGUAAAGAGCUAAAUAUUUGUUUUAGAAGGUUGAUCUCCACAAAUGAGAGGUCAUUUGUGUGCGAUUCCUUUUGAUUUUUCUUUGUUGUUCUUUAUGUUUUCUUUGAGACGAAAAAACAAAAGAAAGAAAGCUCCCUUUGUGUAGCAGCCUCACUGUUCUCAGGUUAGAGACAUCUUUUCUAAAUAAAAUGGUGAAAAAUAAAACUUUCACUUGCUGAUA